CACAGCUCGGUGAUAUCUGGAGACGGUUCAACCAUGAUAUCACGGAAAAUGAUGAUUUUAGCCCCGAUUUUCCUGUUAAUCCUCGACGUGCAAAGUCGACCUUCGAAUAUUGAAAAUGCAGCGAGUGAAGAUGACCAAGAUGACAACAUGGAACAAAACGUGUCAGCUGAUGAAGAUAGUGCUGAUAUGGCAACGGAAAGCUCUGAGGAUGAAGACUCCACAGAACAGACUGAUGCUGCUGAUAAUGACGAUUCCCAACCGGAAUCUCCGGACAUAUCUUCCACGAGUCAGUCGGUGGGUGAUGAAGAUGAAGCAGACAGUGCUGAAGGAGAUAGCGUGGAAAACAAUGCUGAUUCAGUAAGCUCCACUGCUCUCCCACAGCGGUCAACAAAAGAAGAAUCGGAAAACGAGUCGGCAAAAAACGUUGAGCCGACUAAAUCGCGUGAAACGGAAUCGCAAAACCUCAUGAAGGAAGAAGUGUCAACUGAAAACCCUGAUAAAUUUACUGCCACCGAUAACAAGGAUAGUCAAACCAGACUACCCGAAGCGUCACUUGACGCCGUAGCUGCUGUUGUUGACAGGCGAGUGAAAGCAAAUGAGACCGCUGAGUCAAACCUUGAGCAUACCGAACUCUCUAAACAGAACUCAGAAAACACUACGACGGUACCCGUGGUCAGCACAGUCAACGCUACUGGAUCAUCGUUGUUGGCCGCGGCAGUGUAUACACAAACCAAAGAACCUCUACCCACAAUCGAAGAACAGAAUGAUACUACUCCUGUAAAAGUCGUGAAUGAAGUUAGUUUGGAAAAUAGUAUGCCUGCUAAUAAUUCUGCGAACCAUGAAACUGUAGACUAUACGACCACUCAAGCUACAGAGGCAGCCGUCGCUUCACCUGUGUCAAACAAUGAAGAAAACACGGAAACCGUGACCACCGCUACGGCUAAUUCCACAGACACGACACCGGAACCUGAAGUGCCACAAAGCGGUGGUACAAAUGAAACGUCAAAAGAGGCACCACGAAAUCUGAGCAAAAAUGUCAAACCGGUUUCUUUUGCUGAAAACUCAGAGAAAACGAUCUCCUUGCCUAACGAGAUUCCAAGCACAUUAUUGGCAGAACCGACAAAAGCCAACCACACAGUGACAGAAGCUUCGACUAAAACCGAGGUAGACGAGAGUAGUUUAGAACAAGAUGGUUUCAGAGCCGUCUCCUUUGACCUACCCGUCUACAAUGAAUCUCUUCAUCAAGAACUUUUGAUGAAUGAAUCUGCGUGGGUAAAAGAGUUGGCAGCCGCUGAACAUCCAGAAGAACAAAGUACAAUCCAUGAUCCAUGUGUAUACAUCAGCGAGAAUAUCCAAAGUGUCGUUGGUCUUAAUGUAACAAAAGAACAAAUCCACAAUAGUCUUCCCACUUUCCGAUUUCUUUUGGAGGCCGAUACGGAAGAACUGGCCACGAUCCGAGAUACGCUCACAGCCUGUGUGAAUGCAGUGGCCAAAAAGCAGGAGGAUUCCGCGACCAGUUGCCAACAAAUACGUAACCUUAUCAAAAAGACAUGCGAAACAAUUGACCUCUGCCGCGGUAAAGAAAGCUUCAUUUUUACCAAAUCGAUGGAACGACUGCGUGAUGUGAUUGAAACGGAUCAACUAGCUGAUGCACUUCUGAUGGUUCGUGCUUGCGCCGGACAGACCUAUGAGUAGUCGCAAACGAUUUCACCACAAACCCUAAGAAAACGUUGGAAAAUACAUUUAUCCCCAAA